UGUAGUGUUGUACUGGUGUUUCCUCCUCCCUCCAGAGGCAGCAUCUGUAGGGCGCUUGGAGCUCACAGCGCUUUUACAUGCACACCACAGCUCAGCUCAGCACCGGCUCUCAGUCUCGUCGGGAUUUUCUGCUGCUGGUCGACUUGGAUUCAUUCAGACGCGCUGUGCGGUGGUGCCAUGCCGGAAGCGGAGGGAUCGGGCCGGUCUCCGCAGGGGGUCCCCUACAGCGAGCUGCUGCACAUCGUCAACGCCGACGGACUGCACCUGUUCUGCCGUUACUGGGAACCAGAAGGACCGCCAAAGGCACUGGUGUUUGUGGUGCAUGGAGCCGGAGAGCACUGCAGCCUGUACGACAGCGUCGCUCACACGCUGACCCAACACUCCCUGUAUGUGUUCGCCCAUGAUCACGUGGGCCAUGGGCAGAGUGAAGGGGAAAGGAUGAAUAUUAAAAACUUUCAGAUCUACAUCAGAGACUCUCUGCAGCAUAUCGACUUGAUAAGGGCACGACACCCCAACCUGCCACUCUUCAUCCUUGGCCACUCGAUGGGUGGUGCCAUCUCUAUUUUAACUACGUGCGAGAGGCCGCAGGAUAUCGCCGGUGUUAUUCUGAUCGGUCCCAUGAUACAGAUGAACCCAGAAUUUGCAACACCCUUCAAGGUUUUUGUUGCUAAAGUCCUGAACCAUAUGGCUCCCAAUUUCAUUAUCGGCUACAUCGAUGCCAAGUUGAUCUCUCGGGACCCAAAACAGGUGCAGGUGUAUGAAACCGAUGAACUGGUUUAUCACGGGGGUUUACGGGUGUCGACCGGAAUGCAGAUGAUGGCUGCAUUAAACCGCAUCAAAACUGAGCUUCCCAACAUCUCCUGGCCUUUCCUGCUUCUGCAUGGAUCUGAGGACCAGCUCUGCGAUGUCAGAGGAUCCCAUCUCAUGUACAACCAAGCUAAAAGCACAGACAAGAAAAUAAAGGUAUAUGAUGGAGCCUUUCAUGCCCUGCACCAUGAGUUGCCUGAGACGGCGGAGUCUGUCCUUCAAGAGAUCAUCACCUGGAUUCUCGAGCGUCUUCCUGCCCCGACUGGGCCUUAACUGGGCCUUAUCUUCCUAUUAACCACGCCCCUUUGACUAGGCGCCCAAGUCUCUGACUAUUUUCACCUCUCUUCUCUCUGUUUACAACACCUCCAGCUGGAGUGCAUCCAAACUUAAUUACGUACAUUAUUAAAAAAAUCGAGCAGGGGUCAGGGGUCACCACUCUUUUGCCUUUGGCACCAAGGUCAAGCUUUGAUGUGAAGUCUAAAGUGUCAGUCUUGUCUUUUUUAUUUUUCUCACUCCAUACUUUCUGUCACCACAGGGUGCGGUUCGCACGUUAUCGUGUCGGUCACCGAAAAUCCCAUAAUGAACACAGCUGCCCCCCACACCAGGUCAUUCUUUUGUGGGUGUUGCCACAGUAACAAGGCAGUUGCCCUUCAUUUUUUACUUUGAUGUUAGCUCCUGGCUUCCCUGUUGAGCUGCUGUGCUGCAACUCCACUACCCCCGCUGGCCAACACUGGCACUGCAUUCGCCUGGUUACCAGGGCAACACCAUUAAAUACUAGCAGAGAAAAAUAAAUAAAUUCUAAAACAGAGUGUCAUGGCAACCAAGUGAGAGAGGACGGGGAUAGAGAGUGAUAGAUUGUCAGAUGUUGACUGGAUGUUCAGAGUGAGGAAUAAAGCAGGGAGAGGAAAUCUAGAGCAUGGCAGUUGUAGGGGAAAACCCUCAAAGCCCUGAGCAGUCACAUAGAUUAAACCCACACACAUUGCUUAUGCAUACACACAACCACAAACAAAACAUUUAAUUGGAUAUUAUUUUUUAUAAUAUGACAAUAUGUCAGACCGGACUGUCUGAGCAUUGUUUGCUCUUGACUGAUUACUGUUUAAACGACUACAGACUGUUCCAUUGCCCUGUGUGGGGAAGGGGAGGAGGAAAUUUCAGUGGCGAUGACUGUUCUCUAACAUUGUGUCAACAAGCUGAACGAUGAAUGUCUAUUAGAUGUUGAUAUCUCCUCAGAGGAGCAGAAAAGCAGUAAAGAACAGUAAAAAAAAAACAGUAAAGCUCUGUACCCGUUACUGCUAAUCAAAGAAUCUACUCGUUAUUGCAAUAUUGUUAUAGUUUUAAUGACCUAAAUGUGAUUUGGCAAUCAGACCAGAACAACCACAUGUAGAAAACAUGUGACUUUCAGAAUCAGUAAUUUUUUUUACCUUUUUUAGCACUUACACGUGAUUAGGAAUUCAUAUUUUCCAGGCCAUUUAUUGGUUUAAUAAGGGACACUUUUACACAAACUCGUGAUUUCUUCAUUAUUAUGUAUUUGAAGGUCUUUAAAGUUUGCUGGCCUUGUAUUUCCUAGAAGUAACAUGUUUUUAUGAGAUCCUGUAUGUGGGCACAAUUACAAUGUAUUGUAGGGCUUUUUUUUUUUUUUUUUUAUUAUUAUUUUUAUAACCACUGAAUUACUUGUAUAUCUUCUUUGUUUCAGAAAAAAACUUACAACAAAAAUGAAGGUCAUACCAGGAAAUCUCGUAUAAUAUAUCUUAAAAGAAAUCUAUGUAAAAAAAACAAGUUCAAAUUCAAAAAGAAGCUGUUGUAGCUGAAUUUUCAGGUUAAUGACAUUUGUUUAGGUGUGUACAUAUUAUAUUUGAGCAGUCUGAAAAUUGUUAGAGAAAAGUUUUUCUUAUUAAAAAAGAAAUGGUUAUGUUUACCUAAUUUUAUAAAUCCAUACAAGUGUAACAGUUCUGCAAAUUUCUAUUUCUCACAUUUCUAUCUGUACAAAAAGAGACACAGUAAUAUAAUAAUAAUAAUACUCAGUCAUUCUUAAAUUAAUGUAAAUCUAUAUUUCUGUUCUGUAAAUCUUAGCAUGCUGUCUGAGCUGUGUUGCUUUUGGCCUUGUUUUAUAGCAGUUGAAUUAUUCUGGUCCCAUUUUUGGCAAAUAAGUCUGGUGCUGAUCUGAUACACAUGUACGCCUAGUAUAUGCAAAAGUGAUCAGAGGGCUCUUCAAGUGAUUUUUAUCUUGCUCAAUAUAGACCACUAAGCUCAUACUCAGUGCUCAACGACAGAACGUUCUUCCCCGUGCAGAACCGCACGACGUGCAGGUUGUACAUUAAUCCGGUCUCAGGGAGCAAGUCUUUUAGUGCAGCUAAUUUCACCCAGGUAAUAAAACAUAGCAAAAUGUUCGGCUUUGACUGGUGUGCCAUUCAAUUCGGAACACAGAAUAGGUCAAUAAAAUGCAUUAAUAAAUAAAAGGGACUAUAAUGAGACUUCUAUAUAAGCGUCUCGAUAUAAAGCAAUGCGUUUUUUGUAGAAAUAUGAACCGUUAAAGCGAUGAUGCUUAAGAACUUUUGACUGCUUCAAUAAUCAUACAAGAAGAUUAGCAGAACAUGUUUGAGCAACGUAGUAGCAGAAGGGACCCUAACAAACCCAUGAAAAGAAAUCUCGUUACUAUUAGCUGCCAUUGUCAGAUUACACUACGACAGCCGUGUCCUCGCAUGCUCCGCGAUUAUACAGCAUGUGAAAUGCAGAGUACUCUCAUUCUUGUCGUCUGAAACAGAAAUGUGCAACGCUAUCAAUAGCUAGUCAUCUUUGGAUUCUUUCCGUCACAGUAAAACUCAUUAGCAGCAUGGCUUCAAAGUCUCAAUUCACUGGUGAUCACCAGCUAUGUGUGGAUUAGGAUUGGUCUUUUGCAAUCCAGUCGUGCAACACUGUAGGAAGUUCUACUGCAACUUCGAAGUUCAUUUUUACUAAUAAUUGUAAUAUAAUUCCGAGAACAAUAUUGUGAUUGAAUUGUUUCUUUUUGACCUCAUGGCCAGUAGAUUAAUAAAUGAAGACUGUUACAAGA